AUGGAAGAACCCCCCAUCCCGCCGCCGGGGUCUAUGCCACCUCGUAUGACGACACCUCCUAUGCUCAAUGUUGUUGUUGAGGAAGCGGUAAAACCCGCUGCCCGCAAACGCAAGAAGCCGGAGGAUGGGACUGAAGUCCAGCCUCGCCGACUCAGGCGUCUGCAUGAAGCAUGUGCGCGUUGCCGCAGAAAGAAGAUUAAGGUGCCUUUCGCUAUAUGUUUGGUGACAACGCGUCACUGCGGAGAUUUUUGUGAUUCCAAGCAUCCUAGCUGCUCUGCGUGCGAGGCUGCUGGAGUCGAGUGCAACCAAGAAGAUAGACACAGGCAGACCCUCAAACCUCGUGGCUACACUGACCUUAUUGAGACGCAGAUCGACAAAUGCGCUGCUCUUCUCAACAAGUUUAUUCCGGGUUUCAAGCUCGAGUACCUUGACUAUCAUUUAAGCAACUACGGUGUAACUCCCCCACCACCUCCAGACCCUAACGCACCAUGGACGCCGCACGUCUUCCAACCGCCUCCGCCUCCAAUGUUUGGCCCGGGCAAUCACUUCCCACAAGGCCCACCAUUUCCACCGCCUCAAUUCCAGGGAGAGCAGUUUGGUCAGCCCGAAUCUAUGGUGGUCGGUCAGCCUGGUCCUUCGAUGGGCGUCCCGUUGCAUGGCCCGCCUCGGGAGAACAAUAAUGCGUAUGAUCCCAGUAUGCAUGGGGUGAGCAUGGCUACGUCGCCGCCUCCUAUGCUUGUGCAUAUAGAUAACACUUGGAAGGGUCAGGAUCCUAUGGGGAAUGAUAUGACGACUGCCGAUGGAUACACCAAAGCCUUUGGCGUGACCAAAGUAGUGACUAACGGACUCCAGGCGGUAGCUGUACCAAUGCCCGACGAUGUGAUUGAGGGUAUUACUCCCAAUCCUCCUGAAGUCCCAUCAGCAGUCUGGGACAGUGAACUCUGGAACAAGGAGCCCCUUCAACGACCUGCUCACGUUAAGAAAGACUUUUAUUUCCCUCGUGACCGCGUCUAUGCCCGUCACUGCGUUGAGGCCUACUUCCAAGACCUCAAUCCUCAUCGCCCAGUCUUUGUUCGUCACUCGUUCAUGGAAGUGUUCGAAGCAAUGUACGACUAUGUGGAGAACAAGUCUUCUCAACCAUCAGCGCGCGUGAAGGCAUUAAUGGAGGAUGCUGGAUUCUUGUUUAGUACCUAUCUUGUCUUAGCUCUAGGUGCUCUGCAUGAGGAAACCAAGAGGCAACACGCUGCUCAACCCGAAGAACGACCUGGCUUUCCUCGAGCAUCACACUUCAGCAUGGUUGCUCUUAUGGUAAAGCCUCAUUUACUCACUGGAAUUACGGCUUUGCAGGCUCUUAUUUUGCUUCAUUGGUAUCUGUAUAUCGAGAAGGAGGGUGGCUCGCUUUGGAGGAUUGUUGGGAACAUGAUGCGUGUAGCGAUUGAAUUGGGACUUCAUCACGAUCCAGAUGGUGGCCUCGAUAAACUUUUCACGCCUGAGGAAGCCGAGGAAAGGAAGCGUUUAUGGUAUAUCUGCCUCAUUCAUGACCGAGGGACGUCCGUUAUUUUUGGUCGACCUCUGUGCAUUCAGAAGGCGGAUUUCAACACCCCGUUCCCAAAUCGUUAUAUUAUGGGUCCCAACGGGGAGCAGCUGGAGGUCUUUUCUGAACACUUCGAGCUAUCCACCGAGCUCCUCCACAUUCAGGGAGACAUCGUCAACUCACUUUAUCGCCCUGGCCAAAUAACGGCAGACCAGAUGAUUCUUCGUUCGAUCGAGGUGGAGCGCUCUCUUGAGCGAUGGAGGAAGAAGAUGCCGCCUCCUUACCAGCAAUUCUUUACCCAUGCCAGUGGUACUUCGCUGGAGAAUCCUCCCAGGGUGCCAGUCACCAGCCAGGUGAACGUGGAUCGAGGACUAUCGCUUCUCAAAUAUACUAUUUUACGUAUGUUCCUGCUGCGAGCGAUCGUAUGCAGUCGAAAUAUUGAAUCUCAUGUGAGAUACAAAGCCCUUCAUGAUGCCGCCAUAACCUCUCAUAAUGUUAUCAUUUUGCAUGCGGACCUCACCCGCUACCCAGAGGUCGCAUUCUUCGUCUCUCCAAUCCCAAUCCAUGUCGCUGCUCUUCUGAUUACGUUUUCGACUAUCAUCAAGGUCGAUACGCUUGCCCUUGGUCUGGCCGCUGAUGACGUCGGAAUGGCUAUCCGGAUUGUUCCUCACUUCCGCUGGAGGUGGACCAACAAGCACCGCGAGAAUCAGCUCGUUACCUCCCUCGCGCAUAGGACUUAUGGCACUUUGCUCUCUGCCGCUGGUCCAAUUUCGCCUCCGCUCUGGUAUCCAGAGCACAUUUGGAUCUCGUCCGAAGUGUUGUCGUCUAAUGCCCCUCCCAAACUGGAUGAAGUCAUGCAGGCGGGACCAGGAAAUACACCGCUUGAGACUGGACUGGGGGAGCCGAAUCAUGCGAGAAGGGAGGCGCCAGACUCCUUGCAGAAACAAUUGCAGGCUCAUGCGCAGGCCACCGAAAAUCCUAUCGUUGAAGAGGUGUAUAACCACCUCGGAGGAGGGAUUGACAUCGACAAAGGUGGAGAUCAGCAUCACCAAAGCGUCACUAUGCCCUCGCAACGCAUCCCGGAGCUGCUGACGAACGUGACAUAUUAUGAAAAUAUACCGAACGCGUUUACCCCUAAUUUUGAUACACGUGAAGUCCGUCAUAGGAGACAGACUCAGGGACAUCAGGAGAAACCGGAUCAUCCGUACAUCUAAUAAACCAAUUCCCGUGGUCCCAAUCGAUUCCAAGUUGGUAUUGUUUCAUGCUGAGCGGUCAUGUAUCGUUAGCCUGUGUUUCCGCCCUUUCGCCUCUUCUUGAUCUCAUGAACUAUUAUGACUUCGUUUUGUUGCCUUUUGUCUGACUUGUAAACGAUUUGUUGGUUAGUUAUUUUUUGAAUGAUGAGUCAUAUUAGGCUUUAGACUAGAGU